AUGUCGUUAGAUGAGGCGUCAGUCGAAUUGAAUGAGGUAAAGGCAGCGCUUCGGUGGCACAGCAAUGAUACGCCGCGAUACCUCUCUGAGCCAGACCCUAAAAGCUCAUUUAUCCGAUUCACAUUACAUCUCGACACAACAUCGGCCCUAUUUGCAGUACAAAUUCCCAUUAGCUAUAAGCAACACACCAAAAUCUCGACCAUCUACAUACACAUUCACCCUCGAUCUAUCCUCUCCCUCACGCACUCCAUUCAACAAGAGCUCCCCGAUGCCGUCAAGCCCAUCUUUGACUCUGCGUCUCCAUCUGCGAUAUGUCUUGAUUUAAAGCUCAGCGACCCUGUUGCCAUUCUUAUUCCGACCUUCAUCAGCGAGCCAGUUACGGCAGCCCGGUUGCGCUCGGGUAUCAUACUUGAUUCAGUCCAUGAUCUGGUACAAACAACAACAACCUCUCUUCGGAUUUACAUGCCAAAUGAUGCAUUAUCUCCACAUCAGCUCCAGGUUGUUUGCGAUGCAAAUACCUUACGUCUGUUUUCUAACUCGGACUAUGGCGACCAUUCUCGAUGGUUCUCGGACCGUGGCGCUAAGAUUACAACACUUUUAAAGCCUUCGCCACCUUCUUACAAUGCAAGCACGGAUGCUCAAGAGAACACUCCCUUGUAUAACGAAUCAGCAAUCUUCGCCCCCCCUGCGACUUCCCACAAGCGUAAACGAAGCCAAGACCUUGUCGACAAGCCUGACCGUGUCCCUAGUGCGGCCGUAAUCUGGGACAGGUUACUAGAACUCGAGGCUGUGGUCCAGCAUCGCCCACAAUCAAUUAUCUCAAAGGAUCAAUCACAACACGUCCAAAAGCUACAUGACGCCAUCGCCGACCUGCAAACACAACUUACGCAAUGCGAGAACAAGGUUACAGAUCGAGAUGCCGUCAUCGCCAAACUGCAAACACAGCUCGCUCAAUGCGAAAAGAAAGUUGAAGUGUUAGACACCGAAAUUGCAUCUUUGCGAGAAGCCCAAGACGAAGCCAAUAACGAAGAGAGUGUGGCAAUGAUCGACAUUCACGACAGCCUCCGCGACUUUGAGCAAAAGUUGGACUUUAUCACAAGGGGGAAGGAUGACGAUGAGUUUAAACACACUCUGAAAGAGGACCUGUUCGAGGAACUAAUAGCAAGACUAUCCCGCGGCUGA